AACCACAGAUUAGUGUCUGAGUUUGUACUCCUGGGACUCUCCAAUUCCUGGGAGAUCCAGCUCCUUCUUUUUUGCUUUUCUUCUCUUCUCUAUGUGUCCAGUAUGAUGGGAAACCUCCUCAUAGUGUUCAUUGUGACUGCUGACUCUUACUUACCCUCCCCCAUGUAUUUUCUGCUGGCUAACCUUUUUAUCAUUGACCUGAUAUUUUGCUCAAUUGCAGCACCCAAGAUGAUCUGUGAUCUUUUUCGGGAGAGGAAAGUCAUCUCCUUUGGAGAUUGUAUAGCUCAGAUCUUCUUUAGCCAUACUGUUGGGGGCACUGAGAUGGUGCUGCUCAUAGCCAUGGCCUUUGACAGAUAUAUGGUCAUAUGUAAGCCUCUCCAUUACCUCACCAUCAUGAGCCCACGGAUGUGCAUUUUGAUUUUAGUGCUUUCCUGGACCAUUGGCCUCAUUCGCUCAUUGAUCCAGUUGUCUUUUGUUGUAAACUUGCCCUUUAGUGGUCCUAAUAUAUUAGACAGUUUUUACUGUGACAUACCUCAGCUCAUCAAACUUGCUUGCACAGAUACCUAUAAACUGGAAUUCAUGGUCACUCUUAAUAGCGGGUUCAUUUCCUUGGGUGCUUUUUUCUUGCUUAUCCUCUCUUACAUCCUCAUCCUAACUACUCUUCAGAAGCACUCCUCAGGUGGUUCAUCUAAGGCUCUUUCCACUUUGUCAGCUCAUAUUACUGUGGUGGUUUUAUUCUUUGGCCCACUGAUUUUUUUCUACAUGUGGCCCUCUCCUUCAACACAUAUGGAUAAAUUUCUAGCCAUAUUUGAUGCAGUUUUGACUCCUUUUCUGAAUCCAGUCAUCUAUACAUUCAGGAACAGAGAGAUGAAAACAGCAAUGAGGAGAAUGUUUGGUCAGUUUAUGGGUUGUAGAAAAAUCAUUUAA